CAAUAUUUAUAAGUACCUGGUCGAACACCAAUACUGCAAGAAUGUCUAUCGCGUUGCUCAAAAAAUAUCUACCGAUAUCUCUAGCACUACUCCUCUUCUACGGCAGCGCUUCGCGAUUUAGCCAUGGCGCAACGUCGACCGCAUCCUUUUAUCAAUAUCAAAAUGAUAGAAGCCCCGAUGAUGGGUCAACUCUGUCCCGUGUCAUUCCCAUCUUCGAUCUUAUCGUUGGGACCACCAUUCUGCAGCCAGGACUGUCACGCAAAGUCGCAACAUGCUUUGUAGCAUCGACUAUCAGCAGUGUAGCUGUCCAGCGUUACAUGGCUGGGUUGUAUUGUCAAGGCGACUUUCUACAGGGUAUUUGGGCAACUGCUGCAGCUGUUGCGACUCUGGUAUGAAAUUCGUGCCAUAACAGCUGUCUAGGGGGCUCUACGUCCAUUUGAUAUCAAGUUCCAUCGAUUAGAAGUGUUCAGAAGGGUUUUAUAGCACUAAGAAGUGAUCUUGAAUAGUCUUGAAGUACAC